AUGCUAAGCAUCGCCGAGGUUUCCGGCCUCAUCGCCGCAGCUGUGAUGAUAGUCCAGUACGGGCUUCCGGCUGCCUUGAUCGUGAUCUUGGUCAAAUAUGUCGGGACCGAGAACAGUGCCGUGACAUGGUCUGUCGUCAAUCGCGCCAUCUCCACAACGAUCUGGCCACAUCUUGUCCGCGCAGACGCUGUCAAUACGCGCCAAGUCCCACUGAUAAUCAAAAUUCCAAGUUGGGCUUCGACGGUCGGUGCCGCCUUGUUGGUUCUAGCUAGCAUACUUACACCUCUCGGACUAUACGAGGAAAUCAUCCCAGGCGGACCCCAGGAGGUCGAAUUCCAAUAUGUGAGAGAUCCAGGUCCCUGGGGUAGGGUCACCAUGCCUCGGCCAGAUUCCUGGUUUACUCGAUAUUGCGAAAUGGGCUUGACGAUCAACUGUCCAGGCCAGUAUCAAGGCGUCUACAUGAAGGAAACAGAGCCGGGACACUGGGAAAGCGUGAAGACCGACGAGAACUCUACUAUCAACAUCACGAUCCCGGCGAACUUCACGACCAUGUUUACCAGCGCAACUUCGGACAGGGGGAACACUGUGUCUGGACUUUUUGACAUUCAAUAUCGGCGCUGGAAGUUUGACCAAGUCGGCAUCAUAAACAAAGGCCAACCUUACGUGAAGGGCGACAGCCGCUACAUUGGGACCUUGAUCACACAGGACCAGAUCUUACUCACGGAAGGACUCAUAGUUGAUAUGAGAGAAAAUCCAGGGGUUGGGUUCCGAAAUCACACUAUCCCGGUAGGACUGGAACACGGCGGAACCUGGGCCGAAGACAUUACUUGGAUCGAGCCGGUGACAAGAUGUGCGGACACUAACUUGUCCAUCGAAGUGAGGACCGAAAAUAAUAUGGAUUUCAGCGAUAAUUCUACAUUCUAUGUCGUCGACCGAGGUGCUUUCCUUGGACUAAACACGACAGCGCUGGAAUCACCUCCCUGGAUUGACAAUCAGACUCUCGACCUAUUCGGCCGCGCUCACAAAGCCGCUCGUAUGCACAAUGUGCUCGUUGCUUCGAGCCUCAACGUUCCUCUCCCUGCCAAACAAAUCCUGCCCCGAAUGGUGGUGAACGAUACCAACAGUGCCCCGCCGGGCAUGUACCUUGAGACGAAGAUGGAUACGAUUUUGCUAGGUCAAUUGACCGGUAUUGGCGGCGCACCGCCAGAAGUACCCGAAUAUUAUGCAGGAAACUCGUCUGUCCCAUUCGUAAAUCACUAUCCUAACGGCUACAAAAAGCUUCUAGCCUUGAACUACUCUGCUAUCACCCAGAUAUGCAGGGGAUACUACGAGAUAGGGACGACCGACAAUGACUGGAGGGCCAACAACAUCACCUACCCCAUGGUGCAAUGUGGCUUCGUUCUCGGAGCCCCCCUGCAAGCGCCCAACGAGAACCUUUCAUUGUCAACAUACACCGGCAUCGAAACGUAUCGGAAGAACCUUUAUGUAUGUGCCUCCAGCGUAAGAGCUAGCAUCAAAACUGUGACUUUCAGUUACAACGGCACGGGAGGACAGUUCGCGAACCUUGAGGUGCUACGCGUCACAGACAAAGCCUAUCCUGACGAGAAAUCUAAACCGCUAUGGGCCGCUGAGCACAGCUACGACAAGGUCAUGCGGUUUGAUCCUCUAUGGGGCAUCGUUGACGAUCGCUAUGAGAACUUGGGUUACAAGGACGGAUUCUACACUCUGCGUGCAGAACAGCUGUGGCUUCCCACAAGUCCUUUUGUGAACCUCAACUUCGGAGAAAGAGAAGGAUAUGACGCGUUAGCCGGCGCUUCCGGGUUCGCCCGGCGGCUAGGAAAUCUCUACGGCGGCUUGUCUGACCUUGACGGGCCUGACUACAGUGGACAAUUUGAUUACACCAUGCUGGAGCGCUUUCAGCGACUAUCCCACAACCAAACCGUGGCUGCACAAAUACCCAGCCUGAUUUUGACCGACGGACUUGCUGCGGGGUUGGUGGGGACGAAGACCUCUAUCUCUGGCAAAUAUGUCCAGUGGCCCGCCAGCUUGGCCGUUGACGAUACAGAUCGCGCUAUCCCACAAGCGAGCGUGAUCGAAUACAGGCGCGUCAUCCGGUAUGACCUACGAUACGCCAUCCCCGCAUUUAUCGUUUUAGCCACGUUGCUCUUGGCUCUUGUUUGGGCCGGCGGGAUCCUUGUUUCAUGUCGCUCCAUCCUGCGUACGCUGAAGAAUACGUACAACCAGACCAGCACCGGCCGUCUGGCCACCAACCUACUGCAGCCGGGCCAGAGCAAUCCGACGCAACCGUCUCGCGAAUGGGUGAGAGGAGAUGGAAGGCUCCCUUUGAGAUUCGGCUAUAUCACUGCUCCGGAGAAGGAUGAAUUCUGCACCGUCAUCGAAGCGCCGUCUGAUGCCAAGCCCCAUCCCGAUAGCGUGUCGGCGCCUGCAGUGAGAGACAGUGAGACCUUAAUUACGAUCACCACUAAAUGA